AUGAGACUGUAAUUGCAGCUUGUGAUCAAGACAACACUACAGCAGCUGAAAGAAAUAAAACAACGCUCAUUGUUGAUGCACUAAAUUUACAGCCAUUUGCAAUAGUGGAUAAUGAGGGUAAUGAAGAAACUGCACUUGCAAAUGAAAAAGUUAUUUGUAGACUCAUUUCAAAGAAUAAACCAAUAAUACCAGUAUUCAAUCAAAACGACCAUAUGAAGAUACUCGUAAUACUAUGUGUAUUAAAUGCACUCCAGAAGUCAACGACGAUCUUCGCUACUUAUUUGGGAUUUCUCCUUAUGCAAAAUUACUACAACAACGCCAAUAUGUUCCGUUAACUGACGAAAUUUGUAAACUUAUGAAUAUGGAUCUGGAACUUCAUCCCCAAGUGAUUUUCUUUACAGUUGUAAUAUUGUCUGGAGCCAUCACUGUUAAUACAAAUAAUAAUAAAGCAAUAAUGUUAAACACGGCUGAGGUAUAUGGUAGGACUAAAUCAAUAGAUCACCAUCGUGAACCGUAUGGAAAAUUAAAGGAUGGUGUUCAAUCCACAUCUUUACCACCACCCAUCAAGACUAUGCAUCAAGAUGUGUGGCCAAAUGUAUUAAAAAGACAAGAUGGUAGCAAGCUGAUAAUUGGUACUCAGGUAUCAAACGUAUUCGCUAUGGGAAAUUUCCUAUAGUGAUUAGUAACAUCUAGUAUUCGUAUAG